UGUAAAUUAAUCCGCUGCUAGUGUUUGAAUGAAAUUGCUCUGCUUGUCACUAUACGCCGCUGGCACAGAUGGAUGAACAAAGAUUAUUUAUCGUCCAUAAAUGAUCGAAUCGGGUGGUUUCCCGCGGCACACCUGAUGAUCUCUAGUGCCGAGGUCGGGAGUUACCGGGAUCACGACGUGUCAAUUAAAAGGCCAUUUUAUUAGAACGUUCCAUCCGGAAUGGUUCGUGUGUUUCAAAGUCCUUGAGCUGUCAGAUGAGAUGAGAGGACACCAUGCCAAAUGCCAUAGACGGGCUAACGAGAAGCAUCUCUGUGGCGCUUUGCCGCAUCGUCCGCCUUCUCCUCGCGGGGCCCCCCAAGGACAGUCAUCAGAAGACCCCGCUGGGGUCACAGGGGUUCAGAGGUCGCCUGGCGAAGACGUCCACAUGCUCGUGUCAAAACACCAGCUGGCGCAACCGACGCGGGCUUCUCCCAUCUCCUUGUCCCGCCCUGUCCCUCUAGACCCCUCCUCGCACAGAAGUACCGAGAUGUCAGCAGACAUGUCGAACAAAGAACAGGUCUUCGCUCAGCUCAAGAAGGAUGUCCGCUCUUUGCUCAUUUCGUCCAAAUUGGGCUUGGACCCCAACCAGCUGACGAGGGACUACGGCAACAUGCUGGGAUGUCCCAUGCCGCUGCAGUUGCUGGGCUUCGGGAACGUUCUGGACAUGGCCGCGGCAAUGCCGGACGUGCUGUCGGUGAGCCGCGGCGUCAACGGCGUGGCACUUUUGAAAGCUGUGAGUGACACGUCCACCAAACAUAUUGAGGAGCUGGUGGCCAAGCAGCGCAAUCCGAAGAAAAGGAACCAUUUCCACCAGUAUCAACCGUCGCCCUUGCAGCACCAUCCUUUUCUUUCAAUCCACACUUUAAGGGCACAGCUGAAAAUCCUCCUCUGUCAGGGGCCGCUCAAGCUGUGCGACUUGAACGCGUGCUACCUGCGAUGCUUUCACCGACCGCUCCUCCCCUGCGAGUUCGGUUUCGACACGCUCGGAGGGAUGCUGGAGGCCGUGGCAGAUCUGAUCUUCGUCCAGCCCUCCAACAUGGGUCUCAUUGUCAGCCUGAGAGAGAACGCCAUGCCUACGAAUCACUAUGGAUUGUUCUACACGCCCAAUUGGGUCAAAACGCGGCCGCCGAAAUACUCACACGGCAGACGUCCGAAGCAAGGAAAACCAUCAGAGCCACCAAGCUCUCAGCCCACGGCGGUGGCCGAGAGAAAGGACCAAGAAGCAGAUCUAGAGCUCUCUCAGAAACCGGUGCUGGAGAGGCCUUCGGGCAAGGAUGCGCCGCCGAUCGAGAACAGUCACUUCCCCGUACGACCGGCAGAGGGCGACAAUGGUCACUGUACAGUUGUGGACUUGGGUAGUGUCGGCCAGCGUGCACACGGGGGCGGCGAAAUCAAAGGCGAAGGCGAUCGCUGUGCAGCGCGGGCCCGUCAGGAUGAAACGUCAGAGAUCAGCGAGGACUCCCGGACCCCAGAGGAGAGCGCGGCGACACCCCCCGCCGCUGAGGUGCGCCACGGCUCCGCAAUUGCCCGGGACGUUCUGGGCACUCAGCGUCUCAAGCGGCCCACGCCGCACGGCGUCCGGGAUCUCGCGGCCGUCCGGGUGGAGCAUGUCGAGUCGCCGGGGCAUUUCUACGUCAGCUUCGUUGAGAGCGACGAGGCGCGGGCUUUGCAGGACUUGAUGUUUGAGAUGAGGCGAUGUUACACCUGUUCCGAGGUGUCCGAGCACUACCGACUCCCGCAGAGAUUGGUCCGACGGGGCCAAGCCUGUUGCGUGUCCGCCAUCGGCUUCUGGUUCUACCGGGUGGUGAUCCGGCAGGUCGUCAGCGCCACUCGGGCGGAGGUGUACUUCGUGGAUUACGGCAACACCACCACCGUGCACUCCGCCGACCUGAAGUUCCUCAGGGCGCGUUUCUCCGUUCUCCCGGCGCAAGCUGUCCCCUCAUCGCUCGCUGGAAUUAAACCAAUAACCGGCACCUGGACUCCCGAGGCCACGUCUUCCUUCCAGGAGCUGUGCUCGCAUCACGUGCUCGCGGGCGCCCUCUAUAGUUACGUCGGAGACGUGCUGCAGCUCUACCUCUGCGACACGCGCACAAGCGACGACGUCUACGUCCACGACGUCCUGCUGAGCCAGGGCCACGCCGUGGCGUGCGCUCCCCCUGCCGGUGCCGCGCUGUGUGCCGAGGACAGUCCGGUCACUCUGUACCUGGGCGAUGGCUCGGUCGACCCGCAAGAAGACGUCGCCGUCUCCCUCAAGGUUGAAGACGACGAGAUGCCGGACUUGGAGCUGAUCGUGGACGAGCAGCUCAGCUCGCACUUCCAGAUUCUCAAUGGCAAGUCCAUUUGGCUCAGCAGUCCGUGACUGGGACGCCUUAAACUUUUGAACACCCCGCAAAAAUCCAGGACUGCUCCGAAGGUACCCCCGUCUUCAGGCGAAGGUUUGG